AAAGGAGCAAAUUCAAUUCAUUUUUUUCUCAGGUCAUCUUUUCACAUGUUUUAGAGCCUCUUCUCUUCUUCUUCUUCUUCUUAUUCUUCUUCUUAUUCGAUUUCUGCUUCAUUGAUCUCAAAUCAUGGCCUCCAGGCAAGGGCGGAUUCUUAUUGCAUUAGUUCUUGCCGGAUUCUUUGUUUGCGGUCAUUCGUAUAACCGGCCGCCGCGGCGAAAAAACGUCUAUGUGAAACUAUCAGAAGAUGAUGAUGAUGAUUCCACAACUCCACAACAGGUUCAUAUAUCAAUGGCUGGUGAAGAUAAUAUGAGAAUAACAUGGAUAACAAACGAUCCAACUCCAGCAAUAGUAGACUAUGGUACAUCUCGUGGAGUAUACACCAGCUCUGCAAAUGGAACUACAUCAUCUUAUCGCUACAUUAUGUAUAAUUCUGGCCAAAUUCAUAACGUAGUCAUUGGACCGCUCAACCCAAAUACUGUUUAUUAUUACCGUUGCAGCUCAAACUCAGCUCGCCAGUUCAGUUUCAAAACCCCACCACCUCAACUUCCUAUCAAAUUCGCCAUUUCAGGUGAUCUUGGACAAACUGGUUGGACCACGUCAACCCUUGACCACAUAUCAAAAUCAGACUACGAUAUGUUGCUUCUACCAGGGGACUUGUCAUAUGCCGAUACGGUUCAAAAUCUGUGGGACUCAUUUGGGCAGCUGGUGGAGCCAUUGGCCAGCCAGCGGCCGUGGAUGGUAACACAGGGCAACCAUGAAAUUGAAAAAUUUCCAAUUCUCCAUACAAGCCCAUUCACAGCCUACAAUGCUAGAUGGCAGAUGCCAUUUGAAGAAAGCGGGUCCAAUUCCAAUUUAUACUACUCUUUCAAUGUAGCUUCUGGUGUACAUGUAAUUAUGCUGGGGUCAUACACAGAUUUUGAUCCAAAUUCACCUCAGUACAAGUGGCUACAAGCUGAUUUAGGCAAGGUUGAUAGGGCCAAAACUCCAUGGAUUUUGGUGCUGAUCCAUGCACCUUGGUAUAAUUCUAAUACUGCACAUCAGGGUGAGCCUGAGUCAAUAAACAUGAAGAAAUUCAUGGAAGGAUUGCUUUACCAAGCUCGGGUUGAUGUUGUUUUUGCUGGGCAUGUGCACGCAUAUGAGCGAUUUACUCGUGUUUAUCAAGGGAAAGCAGACAACUGUGGUCCUGUUCAUAUAACUAUUGGAGAUGGUGGCAACCGUGAAGGCCUUGCUAAAGAUUACAUAGAUCCAAAGCCAGCAAUUUCAGUUUUCAGAGAGGCAAGCUUUGGACAUGGGCAACUGGAGGUGGUGAAUGCAACCCAUGCUCAAUGGACAUGGCAUAGAAAUGAUGAUGAUGAGCAAUUUGCCAGUGACUCAAUCUGGCUCACCAGCCUCUCUUCUAAUCCUGCUUGUAAAAUCUGAGGAAUAUGCCCAGUAGGCAGUAAGGGUAGAUAGUAUCACAUUGAUGUUUUUAUCCUUAGGAAAGUAAAUAUCCUCAGGAAGGUAGAAUAAAUGUGUUGCAAGUAUAGAUAUUUUUAUGCUUUUCACAAUGGAAAUCAGUCAGGCUUUUUGAGUGAAA